GGCUGACUGGCAGAACUUGAACUUGGACAACGCUCCUAAGAAGUCAUAUUUUGCCUGAUGUCUGAUUCAAAACCCUUCCGGGUCAUCAUGUGGUGUGUACCACGUUCGAUAUCGACUGCCAUCGCCAAGUGUUUCAGUUUUAUUGAUAACACAGAGGUAUGGUUUGAGCCCUAUUGUCUAGCCUUCUUUCAAGACUUUAUAUUGAAAGGAAUGGGCGUUCCUCUUCCGAGGAGCUGUGGUGAUUUUGACCCGGAGGCGUUCUUAGGUCCAUUAAAAGCCAUGAUGAAAGGCUCUCCCAUGGAACAUGUUUUCUUGCCAGAAAAGAUGGACGUGUCACUAAUGUUGCGCGAUGGGAUAAGGCAACAGCUUGAAAGUCAACCCGACAAGCCUACAUUCAUCAAGGACAUGGCGUAUGGCGUCACAGGGUACCUAGAUCUCUUACCCAAGAAAGAGGCAGGUUACAAACACACGUUUCUGAUCCGUGAUCCUGAGCGGAUGUUCCCUUCCUGGAGAACCCUUCUGAUAACUCAGGUUGCCCAGAUGCCAAUGCCGGGAAGGAAAUCUGUCGACCCUGCUACCUUCGACAUGACCACAGAUGUGCCGUUCAUGAUGCCAGGCUACACCUACAAAUGCCAGUAUGACCUCUGGAAGCACGUCAAGGAGAACUUUGACCCAAACCCUGUGGUCAUUGACGUCGACGAACUGUUGGCCAAUCCUGCGGAUAUGCUUCCGAAGUACUUUGAAGCUUGUGGAAUGCCCUGGGAUGCUAAGUAUCUCCAGUGGGAUGCUAGUCCAGACAUAGUGAAGACAUGGCGGUGUAUAUUACCCAUGUCCGGGACCAGAGCGGAUGGCACUAUACGUCUUGUCCACAAGAUAGCCUUUGAAAGUUCUGAAUUCCGAGCAUCGAAACCAAAGCUUCCUCGAUCAGAGAUGACCCCGGACACAAUCAAGGCUAUAGACGCCACAGCAGACUACUACAAAGAAAUGGCCGAAACAAGGAUCAAAGCUUCAGAAAAUUCAAAUGCAUGAUGAAAACAUACUUUUUGUAUUGCUGCCGUGAUAAUGAUGAAAUGUUUAUUUUCAGUUGUACUAUUAUAGAAAUUUUAUUCUAUGAACAUGGUGAAAUUAAUUAUAAUCAGGAAACGAUCGAAUACUACAGUCACACAAGGAAACCGCCCCCGACCGAUACUGACCAAAGCUGAAAAUAAAAUAAAACACGUUGUUUAAGCUCGUCACUCGAGCAACAAGUUGUUAAAACUAUUUUAUGAUUGUCUAAACUUUUUAAACAACUUGUUUAAAAAGUUUAAACAGCAGUUGGAUUGACAGGCUUAAACAACGUGUUUAAAAUUUUAAACAGCGUUUUUACAGUGUAUACGUUAUUGCCAAUGGUGUACCAGCUGUCGGUUAGGAGUAAGUUUCGUGUGACUAUUGCACAACAGGGGCUGCGGAACCGGGGUUGGUGGGCUUCACCCCCCUCGCUUUUUUUUUCCAAAACCGUGUACAAAUCUGAUUGUGAUUCUAUACAUGGUCCAUAUAGGCGGAUCCAGGGGGGGAGGGGG